GACGUAAUAAUAAAUAAAUAAAAUUUCUUAUUAGUAACCUUUCAGCUUAUUACAUUUUGUUUACCGUCGUUUUCGUUCAGAGAGACAGAACAAAUACGAAACGACAGCAUGUGGUGGCCGUUCAGCAGAAAAGAGAAAGAGGGUUCUGGAUUUUCAUCUUCUUCCACUGCCGAGGAAGUUACUGAAGGAAUCGAUGGCACUGCCCUCACUGCUAUUGUUACAGGGGCAUCUAGUGGUAUUGGUGCUGAGACUACCCGUGUUCUUGCUAUGCGUGGUGUCCAUGUAAUUAUGGGGGUGAAAAAUAUGAAUGCUGCAAAAAAUAUAAAAGAAACAAUACUUAAAGGGAUUCCCUCAGCUAAAGUUGAUGCUAUGGAGUUAGACCUUAGUUCAAUGACAUCUGUUCGAAAAUUUGCAUCAGAGUUCAUUUCUUCUAGUCUUCCACUAAACAUUUUGAUAAACAAUGCAGGAAUUUUUGGAACCCCUUUCAUGCUGUCUGAAGAUAACAUCGAACUACAAUUUGCCACAAAUCAUAUAGGUCAUUUUCUUUUAACAAAUCUGUUAUUGGAUACUAUGAAGAAAACAACACAUGAAAGUAAGAAACAAGGAAGAAUUGUUAAUGUCUCCUCACAGGGUCAUCAAUUCACCUAUCGGGAAGGAAUCCUUUUUGAUAAACUUAAUGAUCAAUCAAGUUAUCAGGCAUUCCGUGCAUAUGGACAGUCAAAGCUUGCUAACAUUUUACAUGCCAAUGAACUUGCUAGACGUCUUAAGGAAGAUGGGGUAGAUAUUACUGCUAAUUCUCUUCAUCCAGGAGCCAUUGCCACCAAUAUCCAUCGUUACAAUAGUGUAUUGACUGGACUACCAGGUGUAGUUAAGAAGUUGCUGAGUUAUGUAGUUAAAAAUGUUCAGCAGGGAGCAGCAACAACUUGCUAUGUAGCAUUGCACCCACAAGUGAGGGGAAUUAGUGGUGAGUAUUUUGCAGAUAGUAAUAUUGCCAAAGCAAACUCACAAGGAAGGGACAUUGAUUUGGCUGAGAAACUCUGGGACUUCAGCAUGAAUUUGACCAAGUAGAAAUGUAGAAUACUUGGUGGCAAUUGUCAAUGCAGAUAACAUUCAUUCUUAGUGAAUGAAAAAUGUUAGAUGAUAUUAAUGCUACUCUGUAUUAUUUUACUAUUUUUAAUGAGAUGCCUAUCUUUUAAGGAUUUCAAAUCUUACA